AUGUCUCGUCGUCCCCCCGCCAGACCUCCCACGGUCAACACCACGCGCCCACAGUCGUAUCAGCUCGUUUCUCCGGGCAUACCAGGUGAUCCGCGAGCCAUGAACCAAAACGACAAGAACCAAUUGCUCAACUCCCUACGCACUCACAGAGUAAAUACAAUUACCGAGCUCCGACGGAUCGAGAAGAUCUUGGCACAUUUCGACCCGUCUGAAGUGACGGAGCCUAUGACGGCCGCGUGGACGCACUACGUAAACUCGAACAACCUCCUCAACGAGCUUCGCGGCUUAACCAGAACUUACCCGUUCAGCUCUGAAUGUCUCGAUGAAGCUAAGGCGAUGGUGGCACGGGAUCCAGGCAGCACUCGCGGUUGGAAUUAUGGUUACUGUCGGUUGGUUUUGGCCAAGAUUGAAAAGGAAAAUCUUGUUGUCAAACAUGCUCGAGCUCUGGCGUCCAAGUCGAGCACCUGGGGCGGACGGAGACCGACGCAAGCGGAAUUCGAUAGACUUGUCAGCACCUGCGCGGCGGAGUGGACAAGGGCAGUCCGGCAGAUGGUGCGACAUUGGGAUUAG